CGAAUGCGAUGACGAGGAUAUUACCAACCUCAUUUGUGAAUUGAAGCAAAGAACGUGAGACCAAAAAAUUUCAUUGUCAGUUUGGCGAUAUCAUCGAGCCGGGUAGUAGUAUUGCUCGUGCUAGCAAACAUUAAGUGUUUGGCUGCGAAUUAUUACUUAAAACAGAUAGUUACGCGCUCUAACCGUAAAUUUGAACUGCUUUAAUACAGAGAAAUUCUACAAAUGCAAAAAUUUCCUUGUGUUUUACUUAUGGUGGUCAAUUAGUUUGCAUACGCAAAUACGUUAUACAUAGCUAUAUAAUAUUUGAAUGUAUGUAUAUUUGAAAACUAAUUGCUCGCAGCUGAUAAACUACAAAAAAAAUCGGUUUGAAUUUAUAGUUUUAUUUAAAGAAAUAACCCCAUACCUGGGACGAAACCACACUUAGUGACCAAUACAGUUUUCAUAUUGUGUUCCCAAAUCAGCUGCAGUUAAGUACGAUAAGUUAAGUUAAGUGCUCAGUUAAGUACGAUAUGUGCUUCAAAUUCGCGAAAUAUAUUUGUUAACGUGCGCCAAUUCAACGUGAAAUACACGCUAAAAUUGUUUGUAUGUACAUAUGUAUACAUAUAUAUGUACAUAUAUAAAUAAACAUUCAAAAAACCUAAACAAUAUCACGAAAGAGGCAUCAGAUGAAUCAAAUUUGAACGCAUGACUUGUUCGAUAACAGAAAAAUUUUAACGAAAUAUUUCAUCAUAAUUCGAGAAAGUAAAUUAAAACGAUGGAUUUAUCACAAUUUCUCUACUUAUGUUUGAUUGUAUUAUGUACAAACACAGCUACGGAAAGUAAACAGAAACCGGGACGAGGAAGAGGAUCAAUGUGGUGGGGUAUAGCUAAAGUAGGCGAACCGAAUAAUAUUUCACCACUUAGCUCAGGCAUUUUGUAUAUGGAUCCUGCUAUACAUUCAACAUUACGGCGAAAACAACGUCGCCUGGUUCGCGAUAACCCCGGUAUAUUGAAUGCUCUUGUGAAAGGCGCUAACCUUGCCAUAAGUGAGUGCCAACAUCAGUUUCGUAAUCGGCGAUGGAAUUGUUCAACAAGAAACUUUUUGCGAGGAAAGAAUUUAUUUGGCAAAAUUGUCGAUCGAGCAACGCAAAUUCUUUUAAUCAAUAUUCAAAAAACUAAACUUUAUUGA